AUGAAUAGUCUAAAUGAUUAUGAAAUUUUAGAAAAAUUAGGAGCUGGUUCUUACGGAGAUGUAAUGUUAGCAAAAUGCAAGGCUAACGGGCAAUUAGUAGCUAUAAAAGCAAUGGAGAAGAGAUUGUUGAUAAAGGAAAAAAAACAAUAUUAAGUUUUUAUAGAAAAAGAAGUAUUAUCAAGGGUUAAACAUCCGGGUUUGAUAAAUAUGAUAGCUAGUUUCCAAAGUUCAGCAUAAAUAUAUUUAGUGCUAGAAUUUAUGGAAGGGGGGGAUUUUGCAAAUUUCCUAAAAAUUAAUAGAAACAUGUCUUAUCAGACUAUAGUAUUUUAUACUGCAGAGAUAGUGACAGUAUUGGAAUAAUUGCAUUCUAAUGGGAUUGCGCAUAGAGAUGUGAAACCAGAAAACAUAAUGGUGGCAAAUAACUUACAUAUAAAAAUGAUAGAUUUUGGAACAGCUAAUUUCUUCGACGAGCAAAACCUGCCAGAUAAUGUGCGAGAUAAAUUGAAUGAGUUAAGAGAGAUUAGUAAACAGGAUGAAAGAUGUUUAGAUGAAAUAGACUAAUAUUAAUAGAAACAUAAAGCAACCUUUGUAGGAACUGCAGAGUAUGUAUCGCCGGAACUUUUGGAAGAUGAUAUUUGUGGACCGUAAGCAGAUUUAUGGGCUUUGGGAUGCAUAAUUUAUAAAAUGUUCACAGGGACGACUCCUUUUUGUGAUUAGACAGAAUACUUAGUAUUUUAGAAGGUCAGAUCUUGUCAGUACCAAAAAAGUAAUAAAAUCUCUUAGGAUGGACUGGAUUUGAUAAGUAAAUUAUUAGUUAGAGAUCCUUUAAGUCGAUUAGGCGGAGGAUUGCCCAAUUCUCACAACACAUAUCGGGAACUGAAGAGUCAUCCAUUCUUUAAGGAUAUCAAUUGGUAGCAGUUAUGGAAUCAAAAAGGGCCUGAAGAUGUUUAAAUCCAUUUGAAAAAGAUUACAACUUAGGAAUAUACUCAAAAAAAGCAAAGUGCCACUUUGAAACCAGAAGUAGUAAUAACUGGAUUAGUUAAUAAGAAAACAGGGUGGAUGAUUUAUAAAUUAAGAAAUAUGAUUUUGUACGAUUUUGAAAUUCCUAAAUUAGAGUAUUUCGAUCCUAAUACUGGAUUAAAAAAGGGUUAGAUCAUUUUGGACAAAUCUGUAACAAUAGAAGUAUUGAAAGGAUAAUUUAAUAUUGAUGUACCUAGCAAAAAGAAGUAUUAUUUUAAAGUAAGAGUAUUGCUUAAGGUUAGGAAUGCGAACAUCCUGCUUAAUUAUGGGUUGACAAAAUAAAGGAUGUGA